AUGCUAGAAGCUCUUGAAUCAGCUGAAGUCAAGCUUCGAGAGUAUUAUAGGAGAACAGAUGACAAAGAUCUUCAUAAUAUCUAUGCGCAUGGCACUAUUCUAGCACCCCAGCAUAAAUUGCAGUUCUUUCGUACCAAGGAUUGGUCUGAAGAAUAUGCAACAAUAUAUCAUGAAAGUCUUCAAGAUUGGAUGAAAGUAUAUCAGACUGAUAGCCUUUUGACCUCAAGGCCUCAGGCUUCUGUCCAAGCAUCUGAGCUGGAUAAAAUGCUCGCAUUUGAGACUGAGUCCACCCAGAACCAAGAUGAAUUAACAAGAUAUCUACAAGGAGGUUUGGUCUCAAUUAGCCCUCGACAGUUCUGGAAAGAUCAUGAGCAUGAAUUUCCUACACUUGCACGUAUAGCUCGGGAUAUCUUCUCUAUCCCUGCUACUGGUGCUGGUGUAGAGAGGUUAUUUAAUUCAGCUCGUGAUAUCUGUCAUCAUCGAAGAGGUCGUCUAAAUGCCAAUACCAUUCAAGACCUAAUGAUGUUUACUUGUGCAACUAGAUUUGAGAUGGAAGAAGAACAGAUUGCUUUCAUCCAAUCUCUAUCUAUUCACGAGGAAGGUGAGACAGAUGAUCUUUUUACUGAGACAGAAGAUAUUGAACCAAUCAGUGAUACCGAGGAA